CGGAGCUCCGAGCUGUCACCUCCUCAUCGGUUCACCCGGCCCCCGUGCGGCCGUUGUCGGGUUCGGUUUGACGGAGGCGUCGCUGCCAUGGAGCCCCGGGGGGAGAGGCUGCCGCCGCCGAGGCCACACUUAGCUUCCCGUGUAGCUACGUAGCUACCCGCUCAUCAUCACCCGGAGAAGCGGCCACUGAACACGGCUCGGACACUCGGUAGAUUCCGCUCCAGAGCUCCGGGCUCACAUUUCACUCGUCCCGCCAGACGUCGGCAGACGGAGCAGCAGCCCCAUCGGGGGAAAAUACGUGAUUCACGCGGGGGGAAGAGGCGCUUCAGUCCGGCUACACUGGCAACGGAUGUCCUGGAGGACGGAUGCGUGAGGACAUGUCCACCAUGGUGUGCGUGAAGGAGGAGGAGGACCCCGGGGAGAAGAUGACCCAGGAUGAGAUCAUCUCCCGGACCAAGCAGGUGAUCCAGGGGCUGGAGGCGCUGAAGCAGGAGCACCACUCCAUCCUGGACGGCCUGCUGGGCACACUGCGCUGCCUGAAGCAGGAGGAGGAGGGCGUCCUGGUGGAGGAGAAGUCCCACAUGAUCCGCAGGUCCAUGGAGAUGCUGGAGCUUGGGCUGAGUGAAGCACAGGUGAUGAUGGCGCUGUCCAGCCACCUGAGCUCGGUGGAGUCGGAGAAGCAGAAGCUGCGCGCUCAGGUCCGCCGGCUCUGCCAGGAGAACCAGUGGCUGAGGGACGAGCUGGCCGGGACCCAGCAGAAGCUGCAGAAGAGCGAGCAGAGCGUGGCCCAGCUGGAGGAGGAGAAGAAGCACCUGGAGUUCAUGAACCAGCUGAAGAAGUACGACGAGGACCUGUCCCCAACGGAGGAGAAAGACUCUGACUCCAGCAAAGAGAAUCUGGAUGAUCUCUUCCCUGAUGACCACGAUGACCAGGCCCCGGGCAUCCAGCCGGCUCAUGGCAGUGCAGCAGCGGCAGCGGCCCAGCAGGGAGGCUAUGAGAUCCCGGCCCGUCUGAGGACCCUCCACAACCUGGUGAUCCAGUACGCCUCCCAGGGCCGCUACGAGGUGGCCGUGCCGCUGUGCAAACAGGCCCUGGAGGACCUGGAGAAGACCUCUGGACACGACCACCCGGACGUCGCCACCAUGCUCAAUAUCCUGGCCCUGGUCUACAGGGAUCAGAACAAAUACAAGGAGGCAGCCAACCUGCUGAAUGAUGCUCUGGCCAUUAGAGAGAAGACGCUGGGCAGAGACCAUCCAGCGGUUGCUGCCACCCUCAACAACUUGGCUGUCCUCUAUGGGAAGAGAGGGAAGUACAAGGAGGCGGAGCCUCUGUGCAAGAGAGCGCUGGAGAUCAGAGAGAAGGUGCUGGGGAAGGACCACCCAGACGUGGCCAAGCAGCUGAACAACCUGGCCCUGCUGUGUCAGAACCAGGGCAAGUACGAGGAGGUGGAGUACUACUACAUGAGAGCGCUGGAGAUCUACCAGACCAAACUGGGCCCCGAUGACCCCAACGUGGCCAAGACCAAGAACAACCUGGCGUCCUGUUACCUGAAGCAGGGCAAGUUCAAGCAGGCCGAGACUCUUUAUAAAGAAAUCCUCACCCGCGCUCACGAGAGGGAGUUCGGCUCAGUCGACGAUGAGAACAAACCCAUCUGGAUGCAUGCUGAGGAGCGAGAGGAGCAGAGCAAGGGGAAGCAGAAGGACGGCUCGCCAUUUGGAGAAUAUGGAGGCUGGUACAAAGCCUGUAAAGUGGACAGCCCCACGGUCACCACCACCCUGAAGAACCUCGGCGCCCUCUACAGGCGACAGGGGAAGUUUGAGGCUGCAGAGACGCUGGAGGAAGCCGCCCUGCGCUCCAGAAAGCAGGGUCUGGACACUGUGCACAAGCAGCGCGUGGCCGAGGUCCUGAGCGAGCCGGAGGCCCGCGAGAAGCAGCGGAGCCGCGAGAGCUUGACCUCGGACGCGGUGAAGUACGAGAGCGGGCCGGACGGUGGCGAGGAAGUGAGUAUGAGCGUGGAGUGGAACGGGGUAAGUACAGUACACAGCCCCCCCACACAGCACUGAGAGUCUCACACUGACACGUUCACACUGAGUCUCUCUGAGCAGACGCCACGUUAGAGUAAAUCUGAUUGGCUCAAUAUGAGACAUGUUGAAUGUGUAAGUUUGAUUUACUGUGAGAGAGACUAGAACAAAUACACACGUGUCUUCUUCUCAGUGGAUUACAUAUUCAACACAAACCUGCUUCUGAGUACACAUCGACUUACGCGCACAAGUUGGUUUUUCCACUGAACUCUGGAGCCAGAAAUUACAUCAGUGAGGUUUUAUUAAUCAUCUUGAUCUUCAAAUUAAAAUUUGCAGUUUUAAGAUCAAAGGCUCUGAUUAACUGGAUAUCAAAGGAAUUAGUUCAUUAGUGGAGAUGAUGAACUCCCUAGAAAAACAAGGUCAGACAAGAAAUCCUCACGCUCCAGUGACGGCUCCCAGUAAAUCUGAUUUAAUCUGAAAUAAUUACAAUAAUCCAGCUAAUUUCUUACAAUAUUCUUCCUUGUUUAAGAAGAUUCCUGCUUAAAUUCCCUCUAUGAGUUUAACAGUUUACACAAUCAACAUGAAAUCUGCAUAAUUCAUUGGAAAAUGUGAACUUGAGCUUUUAAGAUUUUCUCCAGCUUCACUAUCAUCCUUGUAUGAUGGAAAUUAAACCUCAAUCAGAGUUUAUCAGUGGCUUCUUUAAAAGAAAGAUACACAACGAUUGUUACUAAUCUGUUCAUUCAGUUAUUCUCAUCAGGAGUUUCUCCCACGGACACAAGUCCCAGUAUAAACCAGUUAGAGUGAUUUAAAAGGGUUGUUUAGUGGAUAACGCUGAUUGACUGUCACAGUUCCUCUUCUCUCCUUCAGUAGUUAAAUAUCUUCACUGUUACUGACAGAUUAAUAAACCAAUUAAAAGCUGCAGAUGUGCAAACAGCUGGAUCUCAAAUCUCUAAAAUUAGCUGCUUCAGUCGUCGUGUUGACACGGAGCUGUGGUCGUAAAAUAAAACCUCUUUUCCCACUAAACUCUCCUCUGCUGUGGAGCUUCUCCCAUUAACUCCACGUCUUAAAGCUGCAGCCCCCCCCCCCCCCCUCCCCCCCUGCUGCAGAGACACUUCUCUAACCGAGCUGCUGCAGUUCAGAUCCUCUGCCGUGUUUCCUCCAGUGACUCCUGAGUCUCAGCGUGAAGACGUAGCUUCGCUGUCGGCUGCUUCACCAUCACGACU